AUGCGCGGCCUUGCCCUUUCGUCUCUGCUGUUCUGGAUAGCUGGCUGUAAAGCCACAGCACCAGACUGCAAAUGCUUCCCCGGUGACUCUUGUUGGCCUUCUGAUGACGAAUGGGAUCACCUUAACAGUACAGUCGGUGGCCGGUUGGUAGCUACCGUUCCGCUGGGAAGUCCAUGUCAUGAUCCGAAUUAUGAUGCUGAGGAGUGCCAACGCCUUCAGAGCGAAUGGCUGUAUUCGUCAGUUCAUUCAGAAUCCUCCUCGUCCAUGAUGGCUCCUCUGUUCGCCAACCAGUCUUGUGACCCAUUCCAGCCCAGGGACAAGCCAUGUACGCUCGGCAACUACGUCAGAUAUGCCGUCAAUGCCACCUCUGCAGAAGAUGUCGCAGCGACUUUAAACUUCGCCAAGGAGAAGAACAUACGCUUUGUAAUCCGUAACACAGGUCAUGACUACCUCGGCCGUUCAACCGGCGCAGGAUCCCUUGCUGUUUGGACUCACUACCUAAAGGGCACCAAAGUCAUCGAUUGGAAGGGCAAUCACUAUCAAGGAAAAGCUCUCAAAGUCGGCGCCGGCGUUCAAGGUUUUGAAGCACUUGCAGCUGCCCAUGCCGAGAAUCUAGUCGUCGUUACUGGAGAAUGUCCUUCGGUUGGCCUGGCAGGAGGUUAUACCCAAGGAGGCGGUCAUUCAGCCCUAAGCACCAGUUUCGGCCUAGCCGCAGAUAACACGCUCGAAUUCGAUGUCGUUACUGCCGAUGGAGAGCUUGUCAAAGCGAGCAGGAGUAAAAACAGCGACUUGUACUGGGCUCUGAGUGGAGGUGGCACGGGCAACUAUGGCGUCGUUAUCUCAGCUACUGUACGGGCUCAUCCAGAAGCUCAAGUCAGUGGAGCUAAGUUUCUUGUCACUGCACCUGAAGGAAGGCCAGAGCUCAUAUACAAGGCAAUCGACGCUUUUCAUGAUGCUCUCCCCAAGAUCGUUGACUCCGGGGUUAUGAUCAUCUACUUCUUCUCAGACUCAUUCCUCCAGGUUCCCGCUCUGACGGCGUACGACAAGGCCGAGGCCGAGGUCAAACAGAUCCUGCAGCCACUCGCUGAUUCUUUGUCCGAUCUUGGUAUCAAAUUCGAACCGAACUUUACGCAUUUCUCAACUUACUACGAGCAUUACGAUCACUAUUGGGGUCCUCUCCCAGCGGGUAACAUCCAAGUAGGAACACAGCUCUUCGGAGGUCGCUUACUGCCUCGCAACAAGCUGAAGGACUUCUCUCCAACAGCACAGAAGCUCGCUGAGAUGGGAGUUAUUUAUAUUGGCGUCGGUCUCAACGUGUCCAAAUUCGGGGGCAGCAACACCAACUCAGUACUGCCGCAAUGGCGAGAUUCCAUCGUGCAGGUUUCUCUAACUCUUCCCUGGGAUAAUGAAGCUCCAUGGGAGGAGAUGUUGGCUACUCAGAGGAGGAUGACUAGGGAGAUUCAACCUGUUAUUGAGGAGGCGACUCCUGGUGCCGGUGCGUAUAUCAACGAAGCAGACUUUCAACAGAAGGAUUGGCAAGAGACCUUCUAUGGAGUCAAUUAUGAUAAGCUUCUGAGGAUAAAGAAUAAUUACGAUCCUGGGCAUCUCUUCUAUUCCACGGUUGCUGUCGGUAGUGAGGCUUGGUCGAUUGCAAAGGAUGGGCGUAUGUGUCGGUCGCAAAGUUGA